UUUAACUCUGGUGACAGCAAGAGCUCACACCUCUCUCACAUCAGUGCUCGGUGCGGUUUUGACAAAGACCAGCCUGACAGUUUAAAGAGGUUCAUCGUUGAGAAAAGUCGCGGGGAAACUUAUCUGAAGAUGAUAUGAGGAUCGCUGCUCAGGAAUAUCAGGAUUCGUGAAUUAAGAUGGGAUGUCUUUCUGUCAAAACUGUAUGUAAAGGCAUAGCGCUUCUGUUCCUUGUCAUUCUCCAGGUGUUGAAUGGAGAGAACAAUUACACAUCAGCCACUGCCACUACAAUGUAUUCUUCAACUGAGUCUCCAACAUCAGCUCCUACAACAUCCCCUGUCACUACAAGCAUUUCUUCAACUGACCCUCAAACAUCCACUGAAACAACUUCUACUACACCCCUUGCCACUACAAGCUCUUCUUCAACGGAGUCUCAAACAUCAGCUUCUUCAACAUCCCCUGUCACUACAAGCAUUUCUUCAACUGACCCUCAAACAUCCACUGAAACAACUUCUACAACACCCCUUGCCACUACAAGCUCUUCUUCAACGGAGUCUCAAACAUCAGCUUCUUCAACAUCCCCUGUCACUACAAGCAUUUCUUCAACUGACCCUCAAACAUCCACUGAAACAACUUCUACAACACACCCUGCCACUACAAGCUCGACUUCAACUGACUCAGAAACAUCAACUUUAUCAACAUCCCCUGUCACUACAAGCAUUUCUUCAACUGGCCCUCAAACAUCCACUGAAACACAUUCUACAACACACCCUGCCACUACAAGCUCUACUUCAACUGACUCAGAAACAUCAACUUUAUCAACAUCCCCUGUCACUACAAGCAUUUCUUCAACUGGCCCUCAAACAUCCACUGAAACACAUUCUACAACAUCCCUUGUCACUACAACCAUUUCUUCAACUACUCCUACGAGAAACAACCGACGUGGCAGCGCUGCGAUUCCCCUCGGAGAAUCGCCCCCCGGAGGGCGCCAAGGAGGGACGGUUCCUCGGAAUCGUUCCUCCCUGGAGGGGAAAACCCUCAGAAGCCUGACAGAGUCGGCGUCAGGACUUCUUCUUAGUCCAAGCUCUCUUGGAGAUGACAGUCCUCAGAUCCUGUCUACCUCCAACAGGCCUGGACUGCGAACGCCACUCGGGAACCCCGGAUUGCGGAUGAGCCCGAGCGGCGACGCUCUGUUUCUGCUGGAACCUGUGUGCGGAGCUCGUAGACGGACCAGGCUGCUCAAUCUUUACAUUACGAGCGGCCUCGGGGACACUGGACCGGCGAGGAAGAAACCUCUGAAACGCAGCCGCUUGUUUUUUGUUUUCUUGAAACCUAUCGACAACACAAUUUAUAGCAUCGCCGAACAGACUUGUAGGAGAAAGCAGUGCGUCCAGAAGAACAGACCUAUCUUUGUCUUUAAUAUCUGA